GGAGAGGCAGGCAGAGGCAUCAGAGAAGCUCUGUGCUCCACUUACGGUAACCACGCUCUCCCUCUUCACCCUAAACCAUCUUCUCCGCCUGCAGUGUUCCCCUCCCUGGAUCUGAGAGGGCGGACCUGCUGCCUGGUAAAGGAGGACCAGGUCUGUGCAAAACAACAGGACCAGAGGAUCUGCUGCAUGAUGACAGGAGUUUUCUGAAGUCAACCCAGUGGCUCUUGGACUUUUUGAAUGGAUCAAUGUGACUGCCAUGAAGCGCACUAUUACAUACAAAGGAAUGUUGAUUUUAAUCUUUGCAUCUUAAAGGCUUCUAUGGAAGUACAAAUAUGACAAAACAAUAAAAACAGCCUGGACCUGAAUCAAGUCAGGACACCUCCCCUACUUGCAGGCGCAGGGAGUUUGUGAUGACUUUCCUUGGCACAAGCAGGAGUCGUGCUCUCUCUCCUCAGCUGUGAUGAUGGUGGACUUAUCAAAGCAGCAACUCGCCUGUGGAGGUCAGCUGAAGACGACGCCACGCAGCUAAGUCUGGAUUAGCCGGCCGAACGAGUUUCAAUGCUCCUCCACAUUCUAAGAUGAAGUUAUGGAAAGGUGCUACUUUUGCCUUCAUGCUCUGUGGCGCAGCCCUGUCCACCCUCCUCAUUAGAAACAUGGCCACUAUCGGACAGUUGAAACCUAAAACUAAAUACCCUCACUCAUCUUCGUCCAUGUCAAGCCCGUCUUCACCAUCACAAUCCAAAACCUCUCCGCAAUCAACCUCAUCAUCAUCAUCAUCAGCAGCAGCAGAGAAAUCAGUGUCAUCCCAGCCAAUGGGUGGUCUUCAUCGGAGGACCCGAUCAGCAGAUGACAUGAACUCCAUUCUGUCGGAAUUUUCCAUGAUGUUCCAGAGCUUCACAGAAGGUGAGCUUCAGCAUGUGGUCGGGACGUUGCUGGACAGGAAGAGAAGGAAGAGUCAGCGUCUAGGGGAGAGCCAGACCCGAAGGACUAAAAGAGCUGGGAGGCCUAAGUCCUGCUCCGUUAGAGAGCUGGAGCUCACAGUGAGUGAACUGGGUCUCGGUUACGAGAGCGAUGAAACUGUACUUUUGCGUUACUGCAGCGGCAAAUGCAUAGCGCAUCGACACAACUAUGACAUCACCAUGGAGCACAUGAUGCGAACAGGGUUCGAGAAGAAGGGUCGCAAGGACAAAGUGAGAAACGGCCCCUGCUGCCGGCCCACGGCUUUUGAACAUGACUUUUCCUUCAUGGAUAACAAGCACAAGCAUCACACGAUACAGAAUGUGUCAGCAAAGAAUUGUGGGUGUGUAUGACCCCCAGAUAUUGGACUGCUCACUUCUUCAUGCUGCUCUUUUGGAAGAGUUGAACAUGGAUGCUAUUAAAAGACAAAAAUGGCACUCUAUGGAAUAUAAACUCAAGGAAAGGAGGAACUAAUGGGAAUAUGUUCAUCGCUGACAGCCAGACUUUGACUCUCUGCGCUCUGUCACCACAACUUAGGACCUAAUGACAUAGACAGCAAAUGUGCUGUUUUUACAUGGGUGUAAAAAGACACAAAAAGUGAUACCAAAAACAUUUUAUUGUCUUUUCUAUCUGUGUGGUAACACUGUAAAAUGUGGUGUAACAACAAUGUAGCAACAUGAUGUCUGUGGUAUUCCUUUUGAGUAGUAAUUCAUGCGGUAGACUCAUGAUGAUGGGCCAUGGUGGACUGGAGUGCUCCUGUUGGGACUCUUUUUAACUUCAGUACCACAUGUUCAAAUCUUUUAGUUAACAUGAUUAUAAUGGAGACAGUAAAUGACCUUUCAGGCAAAAAGUGCUAAAAAAUAAUACAUUUUAAAGGUUCUAUAUCGUUAGCCUCAUAGCAUAAUUGCCUACGACAUAUUUUUGGCCAAACUGUGAUAUUGGCAUUAAAUAAAGCAGCAGUGUUAGGAGAGUGAAGUUAUACAGAUAUUACAAUUUGGCCAAAAAUAUGACUUUUAUUCUAUGAGGCUGACACUAUGUAUGUUUUGCACUUCCUCUUGUGCUUAUGUUAGAUUUGUAGUCAUUUUUAAUGUUAGUCAACUCCAUUUCUAAGCUAGCUAGUGUUGCACACAGUCAGGGAGAAUAGAAGCAUUGAAGAAGUUGAAGGUGAUUAUAAGGUUUCAACAUGCUCCUGAACCAAACGUCAGUAACCAUGGCUACAAAAGUGAAGACAAUGUGGAAGUAUCUGAAUGUGUUCUUUUCUUGGCUCAGCUAACUCAGUGGUAGCUGUGCUUAAGCUGUGGUCACUGUGUAGUUGCACUAACAAGAGUGUGAACUGACAUGAAGUUUACAGGAUUAUCAUGUCAGGAAGUUAGCGUUUAGCAUUAGCUCAACCGUCACCCCUCACAGUCCUGCAGCUCUGUCCUUUGUCCAUAUAUUCACUUCUGGCUCCCAAAUAUAAUACAAGCUGACAUCAGCCGAAAUACCCUCUCCUGGCUUUAUAUCAAUAAAUUACCAAAAAAAAAACCCAAAACAAC